UUCAUUUCUCUCGCUGCCGAAACCCUUGCACCUUUGCAGAAUCCCUAGUCUCAUUUUCACCAUGGAUAUUGAGGAGGACAUCCGUUCUUUACAGCUUGACUCAGCAGUAGAAGAUAAUAAUGGGGUGGUAAAUCCAGAGGAUGGAAAGCCAGAAGAAGUUGAGAAAUCUGAUAAGAUGGAAGAAAUUGAGAAAUCUGAUACGAUGGAUGAAGGUCCGAAGCGGGAGGUUCAGGUACAGGCUGAGCCAAAAGUAAAAGAUAAGGACAUUCCUUCUGUGCAAGAUGAAGAAGAUGAGCUGAAGACGAAGAAAAGACACUUGAAUGCUGUGUUUAUUGGACAUGUUGAUGCUGGUAAGUCAACAACCGGAGGCCAGAUACUUUUCCUCAGUGGUCAGGUUGAUGAACGAACUAUCCAAAAAUACGAGAAAGAAGCUAAGGACAAAAGUCGAGAAAGCUGGUAUAUGGCUUAUAUAAUGGACACAAAUGAGGAGGAGAGGGUAAAGGGAAAGACAGUUGAAGUUGGAAGAGCACAUUUUGAGACAGAGACAACAAGGUUUACCAUUUUGGAUGCACCUGGUCACAAAAGCUAUGUUCCGAACAUGAUCAGUGGCGCAUCUCAAGCUGAUAUUGGAGUGUUGGUAAUUUCUGCACGGAAGGGCGAGUUUGAAACUGGAUAUGAGAAAGGUGGACAAACUCGUGAACAUGUCCAGCUUGCAAAAACGUUGGGUGUGUCCAAGCUGCUUGUUGUUGUCAAUAAAAUGGAUGAUCCUACAGUGAAGUGGUCAAAAGAAAGGUAUGAUGAAAUUGAGUCAAAGAUGAGUCCAUUUCUAAAGCAAUCAGGAUACAAUGUUAAGAAAGAUGUCUUGUUUUUACCAAUGUCUGGGCUGCUUGGUUCAAACAUAAAAACAAGAGUGGAUAAAAGCACUUGUUCAUGGUGGGAUGGUCCUUGCUUGUUUGAAGCCCUUGAUGCUAUUGAAGUUCCUCUGAGAGAUCCCAAUGGUCCUUUCAGGAUGCCUAUAAUUGACAAAUUCAAAGACAUGGGAACUGUUGUGAUGGGUAAAGUGGAAUCUGGUACUGUUUGUGAGGGAGAUUCCUUGUUGGUCAUGCCAAAUAAGGAUCAAGUAAAAGUUGUUGCUGUUUUUAUUGAUGAAGAUCGGGUUAAACGUGCCGGACCUGGUGAAAAUUUACGGAUUAGAUUAUCUGGUGUUGAAGAAGAAGACAUAUUAUCUGGGUUUGUCCUGUCCAGUGUUGCAAAUCCAAUACCAGCAGUUACCGAGUUUGUUGCUCAGUUAGCGAUUCUUGAAUUGCUGGAUAAUGCUAUUUUUACAGCUGGGUACAAGGCUGUUAUGCACAUCCACUCUGUAGUUGAGGAAUGUGAGAUUGUCGAGCUCUUACAGCAAAUUGAUCCAAAGACACGGAAACCCAUGAAAAAGAAAGUUCUCUUUGUGAAGAGUGGCGCUGGUGUCAUUUGCCGUGUUCAGGUCAAUAACGCGAUAUGCAUUGAGAAGUUCACUGAUUUUCCACAACUUGGGAGAUUCACUCUUCGCACUGAAGGAAAAACUGUUGCUGUGGGUAAAGUCACUAGUCUGUGAGAUUGUAACAAUUUUGAUUUGAGGAGGGGAAUCCUGCAGAGAGUGGCAGCAUAGAGGCAUAUAAUUAAAAGCAUCAAGUUCGCUAUAUAUUCAUCUCGAUAUUCAUUUUGCUUUUACUUUGGCUAGUUUUCAGUCAUGAGUUAUUUGUUGCCGCUGGUGCCCCAUGAGUACUUACUUGUAUGCGGCCUUGCAAGGCCUGGUUGCUUCCAACCGUGCUGUUUGAGAUAUAAAUUACAAUUAAAAUGGAUGGUUUUGAAUCAUUCCACCUGAUUCGACGUGGAAUUUGAUGACUUAUAUUUUAGUGUCUAACAGAUAUUAAAACAAAUUUCCUACUCACAGUUGACUAGCAUGUUUG